AUGGACGACCUUUCAGGCCUCGAUUGGUCUGCAAAGCCAACUGGCGGCCAACCGAAGCCGCCAGUAAUGAACUCGGCUUUUGCUGCAAUGCGACCAACACCAUCUCCUUUAGGUUCUGGACGUAACACGCCUCUAUCUACACAGGGCUCUGGAUCCUUGGCACCCAAGGCAGCUCAGGCACCAGUGAAGCCAUCGCAGGACAGUUUCAGCAAUUUGAUGAAUUUUGGACCAGCAAAGGCGAAGCAGAACCUAACUUUGGCUGAGCGACAGGCGCAACUCGAAGCUGAGAAGCGUCAGAAGGAAGAGGAGAGGAGGAAGCAACAGGAGGCUCAAUUUGGGAAUGGGCAGCACUGGGACACGCUUGGAAGCAGAGGUGCAUCAGUCAGUCCUGCAUUGCAACCGCCGCCGGUUACCAGUAUACCCAAAUCGGACGACGACGAUCUCUUUGCUGCCUUCAAUAAAGACACCAAGGUCGACAAUGCGAGCCAUUACCCCCCUCCCGAAUCGCACCGAUCGACACCAGCGAAUGCGGCCCCGACCGCGCCGCCGAUCAAUCUGAGCGACCCGAACGCGUGGAAAACUGGCGGGGCUAGCUUAAAUGGAGGUGGAUUUCCGGUCGACGACGACGAUCCAUUCGGGUUGAAUCAGAUGAAGCCUGCUGCUGCUCCCGCGGCACCUAUUCAGCAGGUUGACGAUGACGACUUCCUGGGCGAUCUUGGACGACCUGUCGAUGAAGUGCGACGUAAGCAGGAAGCAAGCCAACCUCAAGCUGAACCUGGAAAGCCUAUCGAGGACGACGACUCAAGCUCAUCCGAUGAAUCAGCUCCCCCAGUGCGCGAGCAGUUUGCUGAGCGUAAACCUCGAGUCAACAAGGACCCAUUUGAUAGAGCGGUAGCUCAGCUUGUGGACUAUGGAUUCUCUGCCGAUGAUGCCCGACGUGCUCUGGUCGAGAGCGGCGAUGGUUACAAUGCUCAAGCUGCAGUCAACUGGCUUCUGGACGAAGCGCACCGAAAAUCCAAGGAACAAGCGCAAGGCAAAACCUCGUCAGCUAGCUCUAGCAGACCUGGAAGCCGACCCCCGGGAAGUCGACCUCCAAGAAGUGACAGCAGAUCGCCAGCCGCAGGAGACCAAGACCUGGCCAAGACUGCUGCUGCUGUUGGCAACAGCUUGUUCAAGACUGCCAACUCGCUCUGGAAAACAGGACAGAAGAAGAUGCAGCAGGCCGUUGCCGACUUCAACCAAGAAGGUGGCGACCCAAACCAACCUAAGUGGAUGCGGGAAGCGCAGCAGCAGCAGCAGUCAUCUAAGGCACAAGGCAAGGCCCGGGCAGAUGCCACAGAUGAAGCCAUGAUGCUUGAUGGCGGCCGCCCUCAACCUCGUCGUACUAACAGUCGACCUGCCGAGCAGAGGGAAAGCUCCCAGCCACCCAGAGGACAAUCGCCUGCCCAUUCUGCUGGUAGCCGCUCAAGUCCUGCUCCUCGAUGGCAACAACAGGCACCACCUCCGACAUCGGCUUUUGAUUCAAAAUCACGACUUAACCGGCUGGCUGCAGACGAUGAUAGUUUCUCGACAUACAGGAGUCCUAACAGAAGAAACAAGACACCUUCACAGGCUUCCUCACCAGCACCACCCCCUAAGCAAGCUGAGCCGGAACCAGACCUGCUCUUUAAUUCACAGGAAUUCAAGCCAUCUCAGCCGUCUCAGUCUCUACCCACUAGAUCAGCUCAGCCAUCUCCUAGACUUACACCACAAGCCAAGCGACCUUCACCUGCCCCAAGACCUGCGCCACGACCAGCUCGUGAGAUACCAUCUAUCAGCCCUGUUGCCCUGCAAAAUUCAACACAACACCGACUUCAAGGCACAGCUCACUUCAAGCGAGGUGACUAUGCUUCCGCUCACUCAUCGUACUCUUCUUCGCUGUCGGCUGUCCCACCUACGCACCCUCUUGCCAUUCUACUCCUAUGUAACCGUGCCUUGACUGCUCUGAAGACCGGAGAGCCGAAACAGGCUGUUGAGGAUGCUGAUACAGCACUCAAGCUCAUUGGACCUAGCAAUGGCUCAGGAGAAACAGUGGCUGUUAAGAAUGAGAGCGGUGUAGAUGAGAACCGAGACUUGAAAGACCUCUAUGGUAAGGCCCUAAGCAGAAAAGCUGAGGCUCUCGAGCAGAUGGAGAAGUGGGCCGAUGCCAGUGCGGUUUGGCAGCUUUGUGUUGAGAGUGGUGUUGGUGGAUCAAAUGCCAUCAAGGGUCGACAGAGAUGUCAAAACACAUUGGCACCCAAGCCCAAGCCAACACCUAAGCCAGCAGCUGCUCGACCCAGACCUACGGCUACAGCUAGCCUUGGACCCCAGAAGAGCUCUGAAGCUGUUACACGUCUUCGUGAGGCAAACCAGGCUGCAGCUAAGGAGGAUGACGAGAAGUUUGUUCUUUCUGAGAAGGUCGAUGCUAAGGUAUCAGCAUGGCGCGACGGAAAGCGAGACAACCUCCGUGCUCUUAUCGCUAGUCUUGAUACCGUGUUGUGGGAGAACAGUGGAUGGAAGAAGGUCGGCUUGCAUGAGCUGGUCAUGGCAAACAAGGUCAAGAUCAACUACAUGAAGGCGAUUGCGAAGACCCAUCCCGAUAAGCUUCCUCAAGACGCAAGUACCGAGGUGAGGUUGAUUGCUGGUUUGGUAUUUAGUACUCUCAACGAGAGCUGGGACAAAUUCAAGGCGGAUAACGGGCUAUGA